AUGUCGGUACCGAUACUCGAGACUUGCCGGAAGAGAAAGAGGAAGCCGAGAGUUUACAAUCUGCAUCGAUUCGGAGAAGAAGGGUUUCCGAUUAACCGGAGCGGAAGUUUCCGGGAUGAAAUWAGGGGUUUYCUCCGGGAAUUUUCGGAGGUGGAAGAGUACAACAUCCGUGGAAUGCCGGUAUGGUGCACACUACUUAGCCACGAGACGAAGAACUCGGUGAUUCCGCUCUAUACUGUUGAAGAAGAUGUUAUUCGCUCACCGGAGCCGUACUGCGAUCAAUGUCGAUGCACAGGUUGGAGCAAUCACUUCGUAUCAAAGAGAAAGUAUCAUUUGAUUAUACCUAUUGAUACCGAAUGGAAUAUGCCUUUAGAAGAUGAUGUUUUUGAUAUGCAAACUCAUCUUUUACAUGGAUUGAUUCACACUAAUGGCUGUGGUCAUUUGAUCUCCAUCAAUGGAAUGGAAGGAGGGUCGAAAAACUUGUGCGGAAGAGAAAUCAUAGACCUUUGGGAUCGUAUAUGUUCUAAUCUCGGAGCAAGGAUGAUCACUGUCGAGGAUUUGUCGAAGAAGAGAUCCAUGGAUCUUCGGUUAUUGUACGGAGUAGCGUAUGGCCAUUCUUGGUUUGGACGAUGGGGCUACAAGUUCUGUCGUGGAAGCUAUGGUGUGACUAAGAACGAUUACGAGAAUGCUAUAGAGCUUCUUGGUUCCCUUGAGCUUGAUGACAUCGAGUUUGAUUUCAGUGAACAUAAACAAUCCAAAGAUAUCAAACAGAUUUUCCGGUACUACAGAGAAAUGAGUGAAGGGCAUUUGAAGACACUGAGAGAUCUCUUGCGGUUCAUGCUUAUCAUCAAGUCUCAUGCUCCACAAACGAGUAAGCUUCCUGCGGUUCCUCCCCCAACAGAGUUCCCUCAUCAGAAAAGAUCGAAAAGGUUGUUUUUGAAGAAAAGCGAUGACAAGUCUCUGCAAUAUAGAAGUUACAGCGAUGUGGCGGCUAAUUUGGGUAGUAGAUGGCCUGUGAGAAGACUGGAAUUCGCAGCUGAUGUGAUUGUAGAGUCACUGAAACAAAUGAAAACACUGAAGCAGAAUGGUAUGACUCGGCAAGAUGUUAGGGAUGCAGCUAGAUUGCAUAUUGGAGAUACCGGUUUGCUAGACUACGUGUUGAAGUCGAUGAACAAUGUGGUCGUUGGGAAUGUUUUGGUUAGGCGUUAUGUGGAUCCUCUAACACGGAUUCUACACUACACAAUACAGGAGCUUGAUGGUGCGACGGAACUAAUAGAACCAAAGAAAGUAGCUGUGCCAGAGGUGAUUCCUUUGAGGCUUGUGGCAGAAUCGAAACCUGGAGCUGAUGUUCAUGGAGAUCUGUUGUUACUAUACACAAAUGUGCUGUUGAAUUACCCGGAAUCCGAAUCAGUGAGAUCUGCAACGCAAGCGAUCCUAGACAGUAAACAUUUCGUAAAGGAAUGGCCUUUAUGGGACAAGAAUGACCAAAUCUUUCGGUUUGUUUGUCGUAUCAGUCCAAGUUUGAUUGGUUUGAGACCAGAACAGAUCACAGAGCUACCUCAAGGUGAAUUAGUCACAGUCUCAUUGCAAGCCACAGUGUUUGAUCUAAAGCAAGCCAUUGAAGAAACAUUCAGAGAUACUUACUGCAUCUUGACUAAUUUUGUUGUGAGUGAGAUCGAUGAGCUUAGAGAAGAAGACAUGGAAGAUGGUGGUGAUAGGAAGCUACUGUUUAGAAGAAUCGAGUCUUGUUCUGCUUUAACAGUGAGAGGAUUUGGGAUUGAUUUGGAAUCAAAACUGAAGUUUCAAGGUGGAUGUGACACAUGGAUGGUGAAAUGUGUUUGCAGAGCAAGAGAUGAUGAUGGAGAAAGAAUGGUAGCUUGCGACGUUUGCGAGAUUUGGCAACACACAAGAUGCUGCGGUAUCGAUGAUUCGGACACUUUGCCUCCACUUUUCGUUUGUUCGAAUUGCUGUGACGAAUUCGCAGAGCAACAGAGAAAAGUUUUGCAGCCAAAAUACGAGUUUCCAACUACAGAGAACAUAUUACUACUCGAAGCACCAGACAAUUACUUUGGAAUGAUGAUGUUCCCUUCAGAGAACUUCUUUACUGAUCAAUACAUCAUGUAA